AUGCAUCGUGAACAACUUCAGCAGCAUCAGCUACGAAAUGUUGUUUUCACCGGUCGAGAUAUCGUUUUGGCUUAUAUGCGCCUUAAGCCAACAAAGUUUGACGGCUCUGAUGAUGCUAUGGACUUCCUGGAGGAAGUGGAACGUAAUGCUCGACGUUUACAAGCUAACGAGAGACACACAAUCGUCAUGGUGGAAAUGUCUAUGCGAGGACCUGCGAAAGAUUGGUUUCAACGCCAUAUUCAGCCAACAAUGGACACAAUUUCUUACCGUUUACGAUUUGCACCUGAUCUGACUGCAGGUCCAGUCAGAGUGAACUCGAGAUUUGUAGAGGGUUUAGGACCCGAGUUUGUGAGUCUGACGUCUGAUAUCAGAAUAACCUUAGUGCAAUUGAUUGAUAACGCCAGGCAUAUGGAGAUUUCUCUGAUUCGAUAUGGGAUAAUUCCUCACCCUUCUAACGUUGUAUCAAUAAGGAGUGAUAAGUUUCGCAGCGUGCAGAGCGCUCCAACGCAGUCAUACGUUGGGAGAUACUCAAGGCCGACACAACGUCAGGGAGAACGUAAGAAAGCUCGACAUGGAUCUCGAGUUGGAACUACUAGCACAGGAUUUGGUGCUAGAUCUACUAGUGGUUUAGGAAGUGGAACUCCUAUUUGUUUGACGUGUAAUAAGAGGCACUACGGCGCGUGCCACAUUGCUACUAAGGCAUGUUUCAACUGUGGCCAACGGGGUCAUUUUGCAAGAGAUUGUCCGAGGCAGAUGCCUCAAGGCUCCAUGACUACAGUGGUGCAGUCUUCCUAUCAUAAACAAAGAGCUGCACAUCAGGCGGCGUCAGGGUACGAUCAGACGGGGAGUACGUUUACUGGUCAGAGGUUCCGUAGUUUUGAGGCUCAGGCUUCCAAUGUUGUUGUGCAAGGUAUCUUUCCUAUCGCUUCUCAAGAUGCAUUAGUUUUGUAUGAUCCGGGUGCUACGCAUUCAUUUGUUUCGCCUAGUUUCGCUAGUAAGUUAGGGGUGCAACCCGCAUAUCUUAAGAAUCCUUUGUCCGUAGCUACCCCAGUAGGUGAAAGUGUGGAAGUUAGUAUUGUCUACCCCUCUUGUCCGGUGAGAGUUCAAGGACGAGAUUUGAUGGUGGACUUGAUAUUACUUGAAGUGUUAGUUUUUUACGUCAUAUUAGGAAUGGAUUGGCUAGCUCAGUACUAUGCCAAUAUGGAUUGUCGGAAGAAGAUAGUAACGUUUAAUACGCCUGAAAUUGAAGCAGUUUCAAUUCAGGGUGAUAAGAUGGAAUCUUCUACGAGUAUCAUUUCCGCUCUUAAAGCUUGUCGUAUGUUAAAGAAGGGAUGUCAAGGAUUCCUAGCUAUAUUACAAGGAGCAAAGUACUUUUCCAAGAUCGACUUGAGAUCAGGAUAUCAUCAGCUGAAGAUUCGAGAUGAUGACAUCCAGAAGACUGCUUUCCGAACUCGAUACGGACAUUACGAGUUUCUUGUUAUGUCAUUUGGGAAUGAAUGCGCCAGCAGCCUUCAUGGACUUGAUGAAUAG